AUGGCGCCCUCGCGAUCACCCUCCCGCGGUCGCUCACGUACCCGCUCACAGUCACGCUCUCCGCGCCGCUCACCAUCGCCUCGAUCCCGUUCGCGAUUGCGGUCGCGCUCAGACUCACCUCGAUCGCCUGCCAACAACAAUACACGCGACUCCCGCAACGGAGGCGCACGAGGUCGCACGUAUAGUCGCUCACGGAGUCCCGACGUCAGAGACACGCCGCGAGGACGCAACAACAACUACCGUGACCGCUCAUCACGAAGUCGGAGCCGUAGCCCGGCACCAGGCGGACGCAAUGGUGUGCAGAGCAGCAAGAUUGUGGUUGAGAAGCUUACAAGGAACGUGAAUGAGGCGCAUUUGCGCGAGAUCUUUGGGAGCUACGGACGGAUUGAGAGUGUGGAUUUGCCUAUGAACCGGCAGUUCAACACAAACCGCGGAACAGCCUACAUCCUCUACGACCACCCUUCGGGCUCGGAAGCAGCGAUCGCACACAUGCACGAGGCGCAGCUUGAUGGGGCGGUUAUCACGGUUUCAAUAGUAUUGCCACGACGAGCGUUCUCGAGGUCACCAAUCGGAGCCAGGAAUAAGAGAUUUGGUGGUGGUGGACCGCCACGAGGAGGAGGUGGGAGGAGAGGACCGCCGUCAGAUCGCUAUCGCAGUCCGCCUGCAAGAGGUGGUCCUCGAGGUGGCGGCGGUGGGCGGGAGGUCAAGAUAUUCGAGGUCGAGGAGUCCGGUCGGAAGGGGUGGAAGAGGAAGGAGCUAUUCCUACUCGCGAUCGAGAAGUCGGAGUCCGCCAAGGAGAGGCCGUGGUGGUGGUGGAGGUGGCAGGAGGAGUCCACUGGGCAGGAGAAGGAGGAGUCCGAGCUAUAG